UCAAAACAAAAGUAUUAAAUUGUUUCGAGCCACCGGUAUUAGCCGAGGUUCAGCGACAAUUUUCGUUUUAAAAACAAUAGAAGGAAGCAAUCUAGAAACAAUUGAGUGAAUUCAGUUUUUAUUUGAGAAUUGUGCCGGCACUUCUGCAAUUAAUUAAAUUAAUUUUAGUGUUUGUUAGAUAGUAUCUUUGAAAAUCAUGGCUAAUAUAAAUAACUUGAAGAAAUACGUAGUUGACAGUAAUGAUGCAUUAGAGUUCAAAUUAGCGAGAACAUCAGAAGAUGUUGAUGAUGAUACCAUUACAUUUAAACCAGUCAUGUCUCAUCAAGUAUUUGGAGACAAUGAAAGUAUAUUUGGAUAUUCAAACCUAAGGAUUAAAUUAUACUAUAGUGCAGGAUCAUUACAAACCUAUCUUAAUGUGCAGUAUUCACAGAAGUUGCCUCCCACACCAGGUGAAGAUGUGGAACCUGAUGAUAUUCUAAAGUUGCUAACUCCUUAUUUGGCACCCCAAUAUUUCACCAAUCUAGAUGAAUUUAGAGUUGCUGUUGAUCAAGAUACAAACUUUAAACCUUUCGGAACCCAAAUUCAUUCAUUUCAUUCAACAAAUUCAGAUGGUGUGGAGAGGAAAUUUGAAAUUUAUUAUUGCUAUAUUAGUGACCAGAACUUUUUGAAAUUUCAUACCAGAUUACAAACAUUUUUAUUGUGGUAUGUUGAUGGUUCUAGUUUCAUAGAUGUAGAUGAUAGCCAGUGGACAUUUUUUACAGUCUAUGAGAAGUACGUAGGUGAUUCAGGAAACUCAGUUUACGCUGUGGUAGGUUACUCCACUGUUUACCGAUACUACGCUUACCCCAAUAACAUUCGUCCUAGAAUUAGUCAAAUGCUUGUUUUGCCACCAUUUCAAAAUUUAGGUAUUGGUGCGGAAUUGCUAGAGACGAUUUAUAAUUUUUUUGUGCCAAUGGAAGAUGUUAUUGAUAUUACUGUUGAAGAUCCUUCUGAAGAUUUUCAAAGAUUAAGGGAUUAUGUAGAUUGUUGUAGAUGCUCAAAAUUGGCUUCAUUUUCAAAAGAAAAUUUAUUGAAAGGAUAUGACAAAGCAAUGGCUGCAGAAGCUAAAUCAAAGCAUAAAUUAAAUGCGAAGCAAGUACGACGGAUUUAUGAAAUUUUGCGUUUGAAAGAAACAAAUAUCAAUAAUGAAGAGCAAUAUAAAGAAUAUAGACUGGCAGUUAAGCAAAGAUUAAAUUGCCCUUUUAAAAAACAACAAAAUGAUUUAAAAAAACUUCAGAAAGUAAUGAAGCCCCAAGAAUUCACAAAUGCUCUUAAUGUUUUUGGAGAUGAUGAAAGAAUGUCAAAAUUAACUUCUGAUUACAAAACUUUGGAAGAAACUUACAUGCGAGUCUUACGAAGAAUGGAAAAAGCUCAAGCCUGAAAAUUGUUUUUGA